AUGUUUGUUCGCUUCAUGGCAUGGGCGCAGUACCCGCGCACGGCUUCCUCGGACGAAGCACACGACGCCUUGGGCAACGCGACGUUGUCGACGUUUGUCAUCCAGCUGGUCAAGCAGGUCAACUACGGCGCCCUGGAAUCGAAGCGGUAUUUUAUGCCUGCCGAGGGGGACUCCACUGAAUUUGUCGAGAUCACGGAGCAGGCCUUGAUCCAAGCCAACUUCCAGAAGCUGAACACCUACAAAAACUACAAGUACGAUUCUCACAAGAAGUAUUUUGAGAUCAAUGUCUACCAAAAGGACCCGACCAACCGCCACCACUGGCGUGUCAAUGUGGCCCGCCCUGCGGUCAAUAUCGACCUGAACGUUGGGUGGUGUGCCGCUGGAGCCCCGUCUGUGAAUUCUGAUUGUGACUUUUGGUUGUGA